ACAUGCUGAACUGCUCAGUUUUGGGCUUUUCUGUUUGGCUUCAAAGGAAAUUCAGCCUCAAGUUUUGUACUUUCCAGUACUCAGGUUGACACUACCAUUACACGGUUUACAAUUUGCUUGGAGAUUGGCAAUUUCUUGUUGGAGAAGUUCUGUCGUGUACGUUAGAUGUGCUCAUCUUCGAAUUUGCAGGACUUGGCAAGUAUUAGGGUCUGGUAUGAAGUACUCAUUUCAAUUUCCUAAGAUAUGCCAUGUAGAAACCCGGAGAUGGCUUUUUCUUCUAGGGGUAGUGGCUGUUACUUACUUAUCGUUUCAGUCAUUGUUGCUUCCCUAUGGAAAUGCUCUUCGGUCUCUGUUGCCUCAUAAUGAGGUUCAAGAACAAUUCAAAGGUAGUGGCGUCCUCUCUAUUCAUUCUUCUGCCAAGUCUGUGAUGGUCCGCAAUCCUCUUACGGUACAUUCUUCUUCAGAUUUUAUUGAUGUUUCAAUGUUUGGUGGGGUGGAGAAAGCUGCUGGUAACUCUGGUCUUGGAGGAGAAAUUGGACAUGGUCAUGGACCGAUUGGGAAGGAUGUACAUAAGGAAAUUGAUUUACUAUUAGAAGAAAAAGGGAUAGAUAAUACUUUUGCAAAUACCAUGCAUAGAAAUGUUGAUCACGAUUUUCCGUCUGAGAAUGUGGUAGACACAAUUGAAAGUCUAGCAUUGGUCAGCAUUGAAAAUCAAGAAAAUGGUUCUGUUCAGGAUAAGGCUAAUGUGGCUAAGUAUGGCUUCCCUUUGGAGCGGAUUGUGUUACCAAACUAUGAAACUUCUACUGAGAAUACUUUGAAAGAAAAUUCAAAUCUGACAGCAAAAAAAUCUGAUGGUGUCAAGACUGGUUUUCCAUCCUCUCCACUCAUUUUACCUGCAGCAGCUUCGUUGGCAACUGUGAUCAAUGCUUCUGUUGGUUCUACUUCCUUCAAAAGUGAUGUUGCGACUUCAAAAAAUGGUUCUGUGGUGAUGAAAAAUCCUGGGAGGAAGAAGAUGAAGAGUGAAUUGCCACCAAAGUCAAUAACAUCAAUAUAUGAGAUGAAUCAUAUACUAUUGCGGCACCGUGCGUCUUCACGUUCAUUGAGACCACGAUGGUCCUCUGUACGUGACCAGGAUAUCCUAGCUGUAAAGUCACAGAUCGAGCAUCCUCCUGUUGCAAUAAAUGAUCGAGAACUUUAUGCCCCUCUCUUUCGAAAUGUUUCUAUGUUUAGAAGGAGUUACGAACUUAUGGAACGCACACUGAAAAUCUAUAUCUACAAGGAUGGAAACAAGCCCAUCUUCCAUCAACCAAUACUCAAGGGGUUAUAUGCUUCAGAAGGAUGGUUCAUGAAACUGAUGCAGGGAUAUAAGCGCUUUGUUGUGAAGGAUCCACGAAAGGCGCAUCUGUUUUAUAUGCCAUUUAGUUCACGGAUGCUAGAGUACACUCUAUAUGUACGUAACUCUCACAACCGUACAAACCUACGCCAAUUUUUGAAGGAAUAUUCCGAAAAAAUUGCAGCAAAGUAUCCUUACUGGAACAGAACUGGUGGAGCAGAUCAUUUUCUUGUUGCUUGCCAUGACUGGGCUCCAUAUGAAACAAGGCACCAUAUGGAACGUUGCAUCAAAGCCCUCUGCAAUGCUGAUGUAACUGGCGGCUUUAAAAUUGGAAGGGAUGUGUCUCUUCCCGAAACAUAUGUUCGUUCUGCGAGAAAUCCUCUUAGAGAUCUUGGAGGCAAACCCCCUUCUCAGAGGCAGAUUCUUGCCUUUUAUGCUGGAAAUGUGCAUGGCUAUUUACGUCCAAUUCUGCUAGAGCACUGGAAGGACAAAGACCCUGAUAUGAAGAUCUUUGGUCCAAUGCCUCCUGGUGUUGCAAGCAAAAUGAAUUACAUCCAACAUAUGAAGAGCAGCAAAUACUGUAUCUGCCCCAAGGGUUACGAGGUCAACAGCCCACGAGUGGUCGAAGCAAUAUUUUAUGAGUGCGUCCCUGUGAUCAUAUCCGAUAAUUUUGUUCCGCCAUUUUUCGAGGUUUUGGAUUGGGGUGCAUUCUCUGUAAUUCUUGCAGAGAAAGACAUUCCAAACUUAAAAGAGAUACUGCUUUCAAUACCAGAAGAGAAGUAUCUUCAGAUGCAGCUAGGGGUCAGGAAGGUUCAAAAGCAUUUUCUCUGGCAUGCUAAGCCGCUUAAGUAUGAUCUCUUCCACAUGACUCUUCACUCAAUUUGGUACAACAGAGUUUUUCAGAUAAAACUCCGGUAAGGUUGCUUAAGCAUGGUCAAAUGUUAAGAGCA